AUGAAGUUAAAGGGGUUUACACCUGCCAUCGCUGCUGAUGGGUCUGAUGAUGAAACCUACCUGUUCCAGUGCUCCUGUGCAGGUCUGUAUCAGUGCAGUGUGACCGGCCUGGUGUUUGUCAUGAAGGGAGAAGGAGACGUGGUUUACAGGACUGUCCCUUGGAACAGGAGGCUGCUGGCCCAACACCACAAGAAGCCUGCAGGACCCCUGUUUGACAUCAAAUGUCAGCAGCAGUCUGUGUGUCAGCUUCAUCUCCCACACUGUGAGGUCAUCUCCACAGGUGGAGGUCAGUUCUUGCAGGUUGCUCAUGUGAAGGAUGAGGGUAUCGAGUUUAUUAGCCCUCACCAGAUAACAGAAAGUCAUGUUGUUAUAAACAUCACAGGGUUUUCUGGUUAUGGUCAUGUGAAGGAUGAAGACUCCCCCCCUGACCCAGUCCAAGCUUUGAUUCUGCUCUUCUACAAAUCCCCAGAUGCUGAUCUCAGAUCUGUCCUCAGUGUGUUCAUGCUGCCACGAAAUAUUGUGUUCCGCAAAAUUCUGCGUGACAGGAGGAAGUCAGACAAAACUGAGAGAUACAUAGAGACAUCAUCUCACUGUAAACUGCACCCAAAUCAGGUUUACACUCUGCUCACUGAUCCUGAGCAUGACCUGAUUAAAGUUCAACCAAAAGAAUCUGAUUUUGAUGAAGAGCACCAUGAAAGCUACUUCCCAUCAUUUCAGGUAGUCUUAAAAAAAAUCCUCACAGAUAUUAACCUGAGUCUGGGAGACAAGAGCAGUUCCAGCUGUGUUUGGGAAAGAGAGGUUUGUCUGUUGCCCAGCGGAGGGAAAACUGAUACUGUGAGAACUUUGGACACUGGUCUAGAGAAGAGACCAUCAGAUCUACGGAGCUGCUUCAUCAAAAGUAUAUCAGGACCUGUUCUCAGCAGUCUGCUGGAUAAACUGCUAGAGAAAAUGGUGAUAACUUAUGCUGAGAGGGAGAACGCAGACACAAAGGAAACCAGAAGUGAGAGAGCUCGUUGUGUUUUUGACACUGUGUGCAAUAAAGGUGCCAGAUCACAGAUGAUUGAGUUUCUGUGUGAGGAGGACCCGUUUCUCUGUGAACAUUUGGGGUUGAAACAGAAUGGUGAGGUGGCACAUGGAAGUGAUCUUCCUAACAGCCACUGUCCUUAA